AUGGUGAUUCGUGCUCGUAAGACAAUGGAUAUCGACUUGCCAAUGGAGAAGGACACAAUCAACAUUGGUCUCAAUACUAUGAUCAGCGAUGAAAUGCAUAUGAUUGGACAUCUCUUAUUCGGCUUGAAGCUGCAAAGCUGGCAUGCCUCUAUGUCACAAUGCAGUGCGAGGCAACCAGGCAUUCUCAAGCAGCGACAUAUUUUGGAAAGUGGCAUUACCAAUCCUUUGAAGAAGCAUUUGAAAGACGUGCACGGACCGGACAUGCAACUCUUGUGUUCAGCAGAUGGCUGUGGAAAACGCUUCAAAGACCAAACCACUUGA